AUGCUGCCCAAGCGACCCCGAUUGCAUCCUAUUGGGAAGCAGGAUAAGGACAGGCAGCAGAAGGAGCAAGGGGAUGUUAGGAUUGAUAGCGAUGGCGAGAGCUUGAAUGAUCACAGCAUGGAUGAAGCACAGGACGGGUUUGGCCUGACCAAAAAGAGUGGGUAUGAAAUCAAGCAGGGGUUGAAACACCAAGAUCAAGCUGAGGAUGACAACAGCCAGUAUGAUGCUGGUGACAACGACCACGACCACGACCACGACAAUGGCCACGACCGCGAGAACGAGAACGAGAACGAGGACGAGGACGAGGACGAGGACGAGAACGAGAACGAGAACGGGAACGAGAACGAGAACGAGAACGAGAACGAGAACGAGAACGAGAACGAGAACGACAAUGACCAGGGCAACGGCGUUGAUCCUCAGGGCAACGUCAAUGCUAUCCAAGCGCCACCCCAGCGCAUCAAGUCCAUAAGACCUUAUGAGAAUCAUAGCGAUGCAUAUUGUUUGUUCAAAGCAGUUCUUAGGCACGACAGACCAAUCAGCGAUCUGGUGAGCUUCAAUCGGAUCCCAACAAAGGAGGUUCUUGCACCAGUCGAUCCCGCGGAGGAAGUCAUCAUUCUUUGCAUCGUGAAGAGCAUCUUGGCCGACACCCUUGACCUAUCGGCCUUCUCUCUGACGCGUGCCAGCAACAUCUUUGUUUUACUCAACAAGUUUCCCCUCAACACACGCCGGCGUGCCGCACAACUUUGCACGACACCCGUUGAACAGCUCAAGAGCAUACUCCAACUGGUUGUUCGAACUUGGCAUGAGAUCCGACAGAACCCACAACGGACCCGCCCACGGACACUCAUGCGAGCCGUGUUGAGCUUCAUCACAGACAUCAUCGACGUCAUGCCCUUUCCAGCAGAUCUUUCCGAGCUUGAGCCUUUGUUCGACCUGUUGGUGCCGAUCUUGGAAGCUCGGAGGCAUGACAUUGUCGCACGGGGCAUUGACGCCCUUCAAAACAACAUGUUGAACGUUGGCCAACGGAUUUUGUUUGCUUUGGCGCAUGCCUCGGCGCGCUUGCGCAACCACAUUGCAGUGCUCGGCCCCGUUUUGAAAGCGCAGGGUCGACGAGAAGGCACGGGCAAACCCCUCCUAAAGGCGGUCACUUGCGUGGUCUUUUCCACCAUCUCCAUCAAGCUUAACUGUGAGCAAUGCCUCGCACAGUUUAGCACACCAAGCAUGGCCUUCUUCAAUGCCCGAGCUUUGCAGAAGCGGCGCCCAGAGUCCGUGCCCCACAACACGGCUGAGCAAGAUCUAGACGAGGCCCAGGUUAGCAGAUUACUUGUCAGCCUUGCUGCUCAGUCGUGUGUCUGUGUAACAACGAAUUGUGCCUUGCAGGUCUUGCAGCUCUACAAUCUUGGCCCCGCGUCAACGUCGUCGACAUCCCAUAGGUUGCAACUGGCACAAGUGCACGAGCCAUCUUAUUCGACGGUCACGGUGAAGCAGGAGUGUCCGGAGCCAGCUGAAAGCACGUCUGCGUCUGUGGCUGAGUCAAGAACCGUCUCGGCCUCUCCAGGGCAGGGUUCAUCAACCACCAAUUACUCUGCAGCCGACGCUGUACAGGCCCUUGCCGGCGUUGACACGUUGGCAGAAUUUGUUCCAAUCCUGACACGGGUGCAGGGGGGGCGCCACAUUGAUGAUUUGCUGUCAAGCCGACUCAAGGAGCUCAUGAGCGUCAAUCUCAAUCUGCAGCUGAAGCAAAGCCAUUUUCCUUUGGUGGAACAAGCCUUCUGGCGCACCUGGUUCCGGAUUUCAAGUAGGAAUGAACGCAACACGUUUCUGGGGUUUCUGGAAGACUUGACUCAGAUUUGCAAGCGACACGCUCAGGGAUUUGAUGUGCGCUACCGCAAUUUCAUCGAGGAGAACGAGGCUCAGUUUCAGCGCAGCGUCCUCACCGUUCUGCAAGAAGAGGCCGGGACUCCGCAUGGCAACUUGUCUGCUAUUAAAUGCGCUUUGCGCUUUUUCGAUGAGUUCCAGCGGUUGGGCUCCGUUUCUGAAGACAUCUUGGAGCAGGCUGGCACCGCCUUGCUCACGUCUCCCCAGCGAAAUCACAGAGCACUUACCAAGUUUGUGCUGCUCAUUAUGCAUUCAAACGCCAACGUACGGCGACGCCUCAUCGACAAUUUUCUCACGCCGGACAAGCGGGCAUGGCGUGCCUUUCGCAACGUCAAUACGUCCUGCUCCAGCUGUUACUCUUUGCUGUUGGAUCAUUUGGUCACCGCCGAGUUGACGGAUGACGACCUCAACGAUUUUGUCGAUCGCCACGUGGAUCUUGUGGACGAUAAUGGGCAUGCUUCGGACAUUAUCGUCCUCUCAGAUGAGAUGGCGCAUUCGUCCGAUUGGCAGGCUUCAACCCCCCCCGAGGACGAUGAUGACGCAUCAACCCCGACCGGGGCCGCAGUCGAUUUGGCUGCGGUCGACAAUGAUACUGCCAGCAAUGCAAGUUUGGCCGAGGCAGAGCCAAUUUUGAACGGGAGCAUCGCACACGAAGGCCAUGCGCUGCAUGCAUCCGACGUGCCUGACGCUUCCCCGCCAACCGGGACGGCCUUGGAACAGCAAGCGGCCGGCGAGCAGCCGGCCUCUGAUCUGCGCGCAAGUCCAUCGGCACAGGGAGAUAUGCCGUCGCAAUCUUGGCUGACUGGUCAGCCCGUUUGUGACGACGAGCUGGAACAGGCCCUGUUUGAAACCAUGGACACGCUUCUGGAUCGCCUGAAGGAGUUGUUAAAACCAACGCGCGUGUACACGAGCCACAUCAGUGAACAUCCAUUGCGCGGCUAUACGACACGCUGCCUGGACUUUGAAGCUCCCUCCUGCCAUCAAGCCUGUCCACCGGAGUCCUGGCUGCAACUUCGACUCUGUGCUGCAGGUCAGCUGGUGGCCUGGGAGGGUAGCAGUACCACACAACCCCGCAUGUCGGCACUGGACCGUGAGCUAAAGCGGUUGAAACUCCUGACUGUUCCUCGCGAAGAGAUGCCAGCCAUGCACGCAAACGAGCGCGUACUCUACCGCUGGCAGCUUCCGGCGACGACCACUGCAUUCUUGCCCCAUGUGCGUUCCGGGCACUGUCGAGCCACGGUCACGCUCGAGAAUGUGGCUACGGCUAGCACCGCAUCACCCACAUUGCGCCUCGAAGUUGUUGUCAUGGCCCAGACCUGACGACCCGAGCAACAAUGCACGCCCGACAAGGCAUACUCACUCACGAUCGCUCAUUGUUUGAGCACGUGGUGAGGAACCUUAGACGGAACACGUUACCAAGGGCUGUACUAUAGGAAAACGGGAGAAAAGGCAGGAAAGAAUGAGGGAAGAGAUAUGAACCGAAACAGGCGCGAAAAGAAGCCGAGCUUUUCAAAAACGCGCACGGAAUUGCAAACACGACAUGGCCGGCGAGGAACCAGCACGUUUGGAUCCCACAACGCAUGCCACGUGGAGCAACACGCUUGUCUCUUGAAGAUAUCCCCCCAACCUUUUGAGGGCGCCGUCAACCCAAGUAUCACGAACAACAUGCAAAAAAUAAUAAUUAAAAUCUAAAAAAAAA